UUUGUUCUUUCAGAUCCAACUAUGAAUUAUUUCUUUUGUUUCCUUUUAAGGAUCUCUUGUGAAACUCUUGUAAUUCACAACUAAUAAAUCCAGUUCACAAUCUGAGUUUGUAUUUCCAUAUCAGAAAACCAAAACCCAAUAUCAUCUCCUUGUUUCCAUCUUCAAAUCUCAGAUUAACAACACUACUCAAUUUGCCAUUUCUAUAUCUUUCCAUUUUGAUCUCUCUCUCUGUGCUGUCACUGGAGUAUAGUAAUCAGCUGUUGCUUCUGCUUUCUUUUACUGGUUGUUUAAGGUCUGAUAACUAGCAGCUUGUAAAGAUGAACGACCUAAUGACAAAAUCCUUCACCAGCUAUGUGGACCUAAAGAAAGAGGCCAUGAGAGAUUUGGAAGCUGGUCCUGACCCUGAUUUAGAGAUGGCAAAUGCAUCGAACACCAUGGAUCGUAACCUUGGUCUUUUUCUUGAAGAAGCUGAGAAUGUCAAGAAAGAAAUGGAAUCAAUUCGUGAUGUACUAGUCCGUCUUCAAGAAUCUAAUGAAGAAAGUAAAUCACUGCACAAACCUGAGGCAUUAAAAUUGCUGCGAAACAAGAUCAAUGCAGAUAUUGUUACUGUCCAAAAGAAGGCAAGAGCUAUCAAGACUCAGCUUGAAGAAAUGGACCGUGCCAAUGCAGCUAACAGGCGCCUUUCAGGGUUCAAAGAAGGAACACCAAUUUAUAGAACCAGAGUUGCAGUUACUAAUGGUUUACGCAAGAAGCUGAAGGAACUUAUGAUGGAUUUUCAGGGGUUAAGGCAGAAAAUGAUGACAGAAUACAAAGAAACUGUUGGUAGGAGGUAUUUCACAGUUACCGGAGAGUACCCAGAUGAGGAAAUCAUUGACAAGAUUAUAUCUGAUGGCAAUGGAGGUGAGGAGUUUUUGAAAUGUGCAAUUCAGGAGCAUGGGAAAGGGAAGGUGUUAGAGACAGUAGUGGAGAUACAGGAUAGGCAUGACGCGGCAAAAGAGAUUGAGAAGAGCUUGUUGGAGCUGCAUCAAGUGUUUCUGGACAUGGCUGUGAUGGUAGAGGCUCAAGGAGAGCAGUUGGAUGAUAUUGAGCAUCAUGUUCUGAAUGCUAGUCAUUAUGUUAAGGAUGGUGCCAAAGAGCUCAAGACCGCUAAAGAUUAUCAGAGGGGUAGCAGGAAGUGGACGUGCAUUGGGAUUAUACUUUUGUUGAUUAUUAUUCUGGUGAUUGUUAUACCUAUUGCCACUAGCUUUAGUCAUUCUUGAACUAGAGGGUCUCAUGGAGGAUUUAAUGCCCUGUUAUUCCUUCUGGUUUUCUUGUUUUACUUUUGGGAUAUAUGAUCUUCUGGUCCUUGUUCCUGGACUGUGUAGUUUGAGGGUGGCUAAUCGGCAUUGGUUUAUUCUUUUUAAGUAAUAGUAACUUUCUGAAGUGUAAUAUUGUGAUGUAGAUCCCUAGAUCUGCAAAAUUUUUAAGACAUAUUUGUUUUAUUAGUUGUUA